UGGUCAUGAGGUGAGCAUGGAGGGUCAGCUGCAGUUUGGCCGUGUGUAUGGGCUUCGCUCUAGGCUGCUGCGGCGGUACAAGCACGGGCCCCUGGUGUGGUGUGUGAAGGGGCUGUACGGGUGCCACUGGGGCCCACAGCAGAGGAGCGGCCCUGAGCCUGGAGACUGCGGCUGUAGCAAGGUGGAGGUGCUCAGUCUGGCUCUGCUCACUGUGGCCUUCUGCAUCACGCUGGUCUUUCUAUACUUCUGGGGACAGGCCAAGAACGACUACAAUGACUUUGACUGGUUUACGUUUGGGGCCCUUGGCUUCUGGUUCCCCUGGUCUGUGGUGCUGUUGGCCAUCACUGCGGCCUUCUUCACCUACCUCACUGCGCUCAUGCUGCUGCUGCUGUGCCUGCUGUCUGAACGCCAAAGGAUCUCUCUGCACUGGGUUCACAAAGUGGCAGUGAGCGUGGUGCUGCUCUUCUCUGUGGCGGCCAUCUCUGUCCUAUCAGAUCUGUGGAGCAGAGAGUGGACCACACUGCUACUGUCCUUCCAGGUAACAGCCCCGUACCUGCACAUGGGGGGAGUCUUGCUGAUGACGGCUCUGUCCUGGCCUGUUGCUGUACUCUCGUUUCAGAUGACCAGGGCAGUGCAGAGAGCCCUGAUCCUCGGCCUCUUCCUACUGCUCCUGUCUGCUCUGUACCUGGUGCCUCUGGGGCUGUACUCUCCCUGUAUCAAAGACAAGGACAGCCUGGGCCCCCCUCCCGCACUCAUCGGACACCGAGGAGCGCCUAUGCUGGCUCCAGAGAACACCCUCAUGGCGUUUGAGAAAGCUGUGCAGUGUGGCUGUGCGGGGUUGGAGACCGACGUCACACUCAGUUUGGAUGGGGUGCCCUUCCUGAUGCAUGACCGCACCCUGCUGAGGACCACAGACGUUCAGCAGCAGUACCCCGAGCGCAGCAGGAGCCCGGCUGCCAUGUUCUCCUGGAGCCAACUGAGGACGCUCAAUGCCGGCGCAUGGUUCCUCUCGAGUAACCCGUUCAGGACCGCGGGCUCUCUGCCGGAGGAUGAGCGGCUCCAGGCUCAGAACCAGUCCAUCUGUUCCCUGGUGGACUUCCUGCAGCUGGCUGCGCACUCCCAGUCCCUGGUCAUUUUUGACCUGUACCGCCCACCCAAGGGACACCCCUACAGGGACACGUGGGUCCAACGCACCCUGGACGUGCUCCUCAACCAGUCCUCUAUCCUUUCCUCUCAGGUGCUGUGGCUGCCCUCUGAUCUGCGCUCUCUAGUUCAGGAGAUAGACCCUGACCUACAGCAGACCUCAGGCAGCCAGCUCCCCCUACAGGAACUGCAGAGUAACAACAUUGUCAAGCUCAACCUACACUACAGUGCCAUGUCCCCCCAGCUCGUCAGAGAGUACCAGGCGGUGAACAUCAGUGUAAAUCUGUACGUUGUGAGCGAGCCUUGGCUCUACUCUGUGGCCUGGUGCAGCGGAGUUCAGUCUUUGACCACCAACGCCCCCCAGAGGCUGAGCACCAUGACGCAGCCGCUACUGCUUAUGAGCCCAGGGGAGUACAGCCUCAUGUGGACCCUCACAGACCUGCUGUCCCUGGCUUUGGUGCUACUUGUCUUCUGCUUCCACUGGUGGAGGGAGCAGGCUCUGGCCCUCAGCUCUGAAGGAGACGCAUCACUGGACACGGGCACCUACAGCAAGUUCAGAACAGAGCUGAGUGAAGUGUGGUCCGUGUCCAGUGUCAACUCCCACAUAGAGACCACCACCUCUGAUUGGCCUUUGACCCACGGCUGUGCCUCGACCUCCCAGGAGCCUCCUUCACACUCCCCUCGCCCCUCCAACAUGUCCUCUACAAGACUGAACCGUGUGGAGCCGGCAGUGACAUGAAGAAGACAAGAAAGUAUUGAUAGACCACUACCUGAAGAUAUGGGGACAUAAUUACAGAUGCCUAAGUCACUGCAUUUACAUGCACAGAGAACUCCUAAACAACCAACUUAAAAUUUUCUGUGGCCCAAAACCUGUUAGACCACUCUUGUCCAAGUCUACAGCAGGUCGCAGAACCAAAUAAGCAUAUUGAAGCUCCGGUAGAUUUCACUUUCACUUUAACAUGGUGGACCAAAACACAACAUUUGCUAGUCCGCAGUGGAGGGACUGUACUUUUCAUCGCUGUUGAGCUAAAACAAGUGAGUACACAUCCACCUUGUGCAGGUGAACGCCUCACCUAGUCUGCGCCUAAUGUAAAUCAGACUGCACUGUUACAUGUAGCAGGUAUCAGAGUACACAUCAGCUUCUCCAGAUGUGUUACUUUGAUUUUGAGAU